AUGGAAGUCGACGGUCAGCUAAAUGAGCAGGUGAAUGGUAAUGUAGAGACUCCGAUGGAAGCCGAAGAAGUUCCACUGACUGUACUGGAAGAAUACGUAAGCUUUUGUUUUUAAUUGCUUUUGACUUUAGGUUUUUAUUACAUUGAAUAGAGGGAUAAGAAGUGCAGCAUUGACAAGGUCUAAAGUGAUGAAUUUUUGUCAGAGAUAUUAUUAAUACCUAAAAUAUAGUACAAAUACUCUCAAAGUCUCUAAAUCACUACAUUUUAUGAUUUUUUUUAUUUUAGGAACUAUCUUCUGUGGAUCUAACAGUGCAGUUAUUUGAUCUCGUAGAGAAUGUUGUACUGAAGGAUGGAAACAUAAAGGAAGCUAUAGAAACGAUAAAGAAGAUAGAUUCGCCUCAAGUUCGAUCUCAGCUUUAUGAUGUUUAUGCCAACUUAUCGUUGGUUAGCUUAACCUCAGAGCAAAGUAAAAAAGCUUCAGAAUUCGGUAGAAUCUUAACAGAACAUGUAAGUUUAGGAUUUGAAGUUGAGAAUUUAGGUAACAAAAUUUUUUAUUGGGAUUUAAAAAACUAAUUAUUAAAAUGGGUUUGCGAUGAAAACUGAUGUUAUAGAUUAAAGGGCAGUUGGUGUAAAUGAUAUUUUUUUUAGUUUGUGCCCGAAGAUGUGCUUAAAGUUGAUUGUACAACAAUGGGAGUCAACGAAAUCAAAGGGAAGAUUGUAAAAACAAGGACGAAGGUUUAGUAAGUUAAUUUUUUUUUAAAUUUUGAACAUUUUUUUAUAUUUUUUAUUUAUUCACUCGUAUUCGCUCACAAAUUACUGAGGGGAGUCAUAGAGUACGGAUUCAAAUGAACAGUUUUUAGUUUUUAAAAUAUUUUUAACCAAAACCUUAUUUUCAGCUACAAGCAGACCAAGUUCAACCUUCUUCGCGAGGAAUCCGAAGGGUUUUCUAAGUUGAUAACAGAGUUGCUGACUCCAGUAUCUGAAAACACUUUGUGGGUACGAAUCAGUCAGUUAAUUGGACAGUUUAACCUGGAUCCAAACAGAGUUGUCGAUGUUAUACUGGAAUGUUUCGCUUAUCAAUUGAAUCGAAAACAGGUCUUUGUUAACAUUUUGAAGAGGCUGAAGUUGUCAAAAGACAUUUUGAGGGAUAUGAUUGUCAUGAAGUUUAUGUUCUAUCAGGUAUGGAUGGUUUUUGUUUUUCGAUGUUGCUUUAUGUUUUAUGAAGGUCACAAGGUUCUUUAUAAUGAACAUGGCGAACCUUUUAAAUUUUUUGUUUGAACAUUGCUUACUUUUGAAUUUUUAUAAAUAUUGCAGCUUUAUCAUUUUUUUCUGAUCUUUACUAUAAUAUUUCAGAAAUCUGGACACACCUCGAACACUUUCUACAAGGUCGCCGUGAUUCUAUGUCUUGAAGGUCUACUGGAUAUGCUUCAGUUGUUUCAAAGACUAUCACCAGAUCAACAAAAACUAAUAGAAGAUGCGGGUAACGCGAAAGCCAUGAUUAAAAAACGACAAACAAAGGCAUUAACGAUAUCUACAAUUGCUAUUAUGGACAGUCAGACACAAGGACCAUCUACUUCGAGUUCUCAAGGAGGUGACAACAGCAAUAACAACCAAGUCACAUAUGACAAUGCUGUUAGAGCGCAGUUGUCUGAGGACGAGAAGUUGGCUGAUGAACAGUUUGAUGAGGUGGGGAUUUGGAUUUUGAAAACGUUUUUUAAAAGUUUUUUUUAAUUGCAGAUUUUUUAACAAACAUACUUAAAAAAUUGCUUUUGAGGCUUUAUAAUUAAAAAAUAACGUUUUACAAUUAAAAAUAAUUCCUAAAUUUACAGUACGUGGUGCUUGGCACAAAUCAAAAGCUAGGCUUCUUGGUGGCCGCAUUGGAAUUGGGGUCGUUGUCAAUAGCCAACCAACUCUUUGGCUAUUUUCCACCUGACUAUGUGUUUGGAAAGAGUCAGCGGGCAAGAGAAGGGCUUACCAGGAUCUUGGGAUUUAUAAUUGAUCCAUUGUUUAGACAGUGAGUCGUUUAAAUCUUUUAAAAGAUAGUUAUUUGGAGGUUUUUAAAUCAUUUUUAGACAUCAAAUUUAAAAUUUUGGUGUCAAAAUAGUGAAUUCUAGUAUAUUAAGAACCUUUUUUAGGUAAAAUACAUUGAAACAUUUUUUACACUGCGUGACUUAUACUGCAUUUUAGAAUCUAACGGAUAAUUAUUAACAUUGAUUUAUCUGAAAAUUUUUUUUAGAAAAGUAGCAUCAAUUUUCGAUGAAAAAGAGACAAGAAGAAGAAAGUAUGAUGCUUAUAUUGAACGUCCUAAUCAAGCUCAGACUUGGGCAGACUUUGAACAACAAGCCACACCAAUAAUCAUGUUACUAGGACCAAAUAUCGGCUGUAAUCCAGAAGUAGCGACUAAAAUUGUAAAGCUACUACAAGUCAUGCUAACAGAUGAAGAGCUAAAUGACAGUGAGGAGAAGAAGGCUCAGUGUAUGUUUGGUUUUGGUUAAACGUAUUUUUUAAAUAAUUUAAUUUUAAUACCUAGUUUUAUCAGUAUAAAUCUUAAAAAUUGUAAAAUACGUAUAGAAACAGGAGAUUAACUCUAAGUCUACAUAAUUAGUCAUAUUACACCACAAUUUUAGGUAAAAACAAGGUUUACCAACUAAUCGACUUUGCUUUGCUGCCAGGCUUAACAAUAUCCGAGCCUGUUUACAAAUACAGUGAGGAAGUGUGGUCUCUGUUGAAAGUUCUACCGUACCAUCAAAGAUAUCAAAUGUACGGAAGAUGGAAGACAGUGAAUACAACACCGUACUAUCUGAUGAGUUUGGAAAAAGGAAUGAUCUUGGGAAGGGCUAGGUAUUUGAUGAAGUAAGUUUACUUUCGUCAUCUUUUGAUGAAAUAAAGGGUUUAAAUUGGCAGUGAUUAUAGGUAUAGGUAUAAAAAGACAUGUGCAGGUCAAGGAGUUCAAAAUUUUUUAAAUUUUUUAAAAAAUGUUUAGAAAUUUAUGCUUUUUUUGUUUUUAGGCGAUUAUCCAAAGAUUCGGUGAAAAGAAUUGGCCGACAAAUUGGAAAACUUUGUUUGAAUCACCCGACAAUUGCUUUGGACUACUUAUUGGCUCAAGUUCAGACUUUUCAAAACUUGAUUGAUCCAGUUGUGGAUUCGUUGAGGUACUUAUCUGAAUUGGCAUUCGAUGUUCUUACUUGUAAGUUUUAAUGUUCUAAGCCUUGAUAUAUUAUAUUUUAGUCAUUGUUUAAAAAAAAGUUUUGUUAAAGAAAGUUAUUGUUAUUUUCUUGGCAAUAACUCUCUGUAAUGAAAAUUUAGUUUUAAUACCUAACCCACCUUAUUUUAGACUCCUUGGUUGAAAGUCUAUCAGAUCCAGCCAAACAAACUCUAAAAACUGGUGAUGGCACCUUAAGCUCAUGGUUAUCAGCGCUAGCAGCGUUUACUGGCUCAAUUUACAAAAGAUAUGGCAUUGAAUACGAAGGACUACUUCAAUAUAUUGUCAAUCAACUCAAAGCCCAAAAGUCUGUGGAUCUAUUGGUGUUGAGAGAAGUGGUAACAGCCAUUGGAGGCGUAGAUCAAUCUUCUAAUCUGACUGAAGAACAUAUUCAAGGAUUGCUGGGCGGGGAACUACUCAAACAGGAGGUAAGGGAAGAUAUCGUGAUUGAUUUUUUUUAGAAAUUUUGAUGUUUUAUAAGUUGAAAAAUUAUUACAAAAAUAGAAACAAUUAAAAAUUAUAUUGUUGUAGGUGUUCAACUCGAUAAACCAGAAGACCAACAAAAAGGCUGUCACCCGCCUAAAGGAAGCUCUCCAAAAUUCUGAUCUAAGCGUAGCACUGGCCAUUCUAAUGGCUCAACAGAGGAAUUGCAUCGUCUACAAAGAAACCAAGGAAGCUCCAGUCAAACUGUCGUGUCAGAUCCUAGAUGAAUGUCAAUCGACCUUCCUACAGUUUGUCAAUUUCCUACGAACCAACAGUAAAAUGGAAGAUUAUGCCAAGAGAUUCCCUCAACUUGGCCAACUCAUGGGUGACUUUCAAUUGGACCCAGACACUGCGUUUCACAUCGCUAGACCCGUAUAUUGGUAUCGUGUUCAGAGUACGUACGAAUUGACGAAAAAAUUGAAAAAAGAAAUCGCCGAGAACAACAAGGUUGGAUCUGAGGCCAAACAGGAGUUGUACAAGGAGGCUGUCAGCGAAAUAUUAGUAUCUGCUGAAGAGGAAAUGGUCAAGUUACAGAAGCCGGAGUUCUGGAAGGAUAUCAGUGCAAAGUAAGGCAUUAGCUUUUUAUUUGAAGAGCUUUAUAUUUUAAAAUAUUUUGACGUAGAGCUAUGAUGGAUUUUUUAAGAGGAAAGUAAUCUUUGAUAAAAAUUUAUUUUCAGGUUAUUCACAUUAUUCUGGAUGCUGUCAGCGAACGACUUAGAAGUGAGCAAAGCAGCUUAUACCAAAGAAGUUGAAAAUGUCAAGAAACAAGCUGAAGAUGUACAAAGCUCUGAUAAUGUAAGACAUUUUUAUUGCGUUUUUGAUUUUUAAAGACAAAGAUGUUUAAAAAUGUAUACAUUUUGAAUAAAUAGUAAAAUUUGCAAUUUUAGUCGAAGAAACGAAUGGCAAAAGAAGAAGACAGGUUAAAAGUGCUGGAAACCAAGUUGAAUGCGGAGCUAGUUAAAAUGGAACAUCAUGUAACACAAGUUAAGCAUCUGCUUCAGAAUAACAAGGAAUUCCUUUUUGCUACUGGUAUGUUGUGUUAACUGUAUCUACAUAUUAUUUUGCAUUUUUGCCUGUUUUACUUUUUAAGAGUUUUUAAAUUAAAAUAUUUUAAAAAUUUUGUAAAAUUUAAAAAAAAAUUAACUUUUAUCUUAUUCUAGCCUCCUCAGCCCAGAACAAUCGUUUCCUCCAAGUGUGCAUAUUGCCUCGGGCUGUUUUCUCCGAAAUGGACGCCGUAUUCUGUGCCAAAUUCAUCACAACACUUCACAGUAUUCGCACAUCCUAUUUCCAAACGAUGAUCCUGAUGGAUAAGAUAUUCCACGAUAUCACAGUAAUCCUGGCAGCUCUAACCGAAAGCGAAGCCAGUAACUUUGGAAAGUUUUUGAGCUUACUAUUGGAAAAGGUCAUGUAUUGGCAUGGCAAAAAGGAGGUGUUUGAUAAUGUAGGUUAUGAUUUUGACUUUAAGAAAUAUUUAUGAUUUUUUAAAAACGUUUUUGAUUAAAAUUUUUUUUUUUAUUUUUUACUUGUUACAUUCAAUUAUUCAAGCUAUAUAUUGUUUUAGGAAUGUCUUGGUUUCCCUGGUUUCUUGACAAAAAUUCGAAAUUCAAGUGGACAGUUAGACUAUGCUGCUUAUAAGAAUGUGUGUUACAAAUGGCAAAGCCGACUUCACAAAGCUGCACAGUACGCAUUAAACAACGGGUCGUAUUUACUAUGUAGGAACAUGAUCGUAUGUCUUAAAAAGGUAAGAAUUUUUUUUCUUUUUUAAGUUUAAAAGGCUUAAAAAUGGAAUAAUUUUAAUUUUUUUAGGUUUUUGUUGUUACUUUUAUGAUUUUUUUAUAUAAUUUUAGGUUUGUUAUUAUUAAUGUAAUAUCAUGACAUUUCAGCUCCUUAGCCAUUUCCCGGUCAUCAAACUUCAUGACCUCAACCUUACCGCCGAUACCGAAGCCGUCAGAGACCGUGAAAAGGGCAAACGUGAAGAUCUCAGUGUGUUAGCAACUUCAUAUUUGAUUAAUCUCAAGAAACGAAAGGUUCAACUCCUCACAAAUGAAGAAUUUAAAGGAGUAGCGCCCAAGAAAAUGAUAAAAGUAGAGAAAAAGGAAGAGAAAAGAGAAGAAAAGAAGGAAGAAAAAGAGAAGAAAGAAGAAAAGAGAGAGGAAAAGAAAGAAAAAGAUGAGAAGAAGGAUGAGAGGAAAGAAGAGAAGGAAGAAAAGAGGAAGAUCAAGAAAGCGGAUAGGGAGAAGGGAUCAAAGGAGAAAAGGAAGGAAAAGUCACCAAAGUCUCCCAAUCAUAAGGACAAGUCGGACAGGGAGAGUAGCAGAAUCAUGAAAAGGGUAAGGAACUGAUAUUAUGUUACAGUACUUGUUGUCGCUUACGAAUAGUUGUUUUACAUAGAUUGUUAGUUUUGGACUUAAAUAAUGAAAUGUUAACUAAAAUACGAUUGUAAAGACUAAAGAUUGGCUGAAAUACGGCAAUGAAAGUAGUUUUUUUAACCAAGUAUACCUUUUGAAACAUGAUAUAAUAGCUAUCGUUUCAGGCCAAGGCAAUCUCACCACCCAACUCGCCAUCAAACAAGAGCCCAGAACGAGAAAGCAAACGUGCCAAGGAGAACGACCGAUACAUUCAACGAGUCCUACGGACAUAA